AUGUCAAAUAAUAAUUAUAUUGAGAGACAUAAAAGAAUACUAAAUAUUGUUUCUCAUUUAGGUUUAAACAAGAAAAAAAGUUCCAUUCCUGCAUUCGAAAAGAAAAGAUUAUCUUAAUCAAGAAUCAUAUUUUAUAAACCAGAAUAAUGUUAAGAAGAAGAAGAAGACUAAUUAAUACUCAAAGCAAAAGAAGUAUUAUCUAAACCAGUUAAAAGAAAGUUAAUCAGAUCAGAAUCAUAAUUGGUACAAAUGAUCUCAGAUAAAUAUGAUAUGCUUAAAGAUGAUCCUGAAGAAAAUAGUGCUUAUCAUCAUAUCUAACUUAGCUUAAUGAAAUUAUAGGAACAAGAAAUACUAGGUCAAUUUCAUGAGGUUAAACAAAACCUAAGAAUGUCUAAAACUUCUUAUCCUGAUCCUAUUACAAUACCUUAACAAAAAGUAUAAAUAUAGAACAUGUUCGAAAAAAAAUGUAGUCAACAUACUGUAGAAUCACCUCAAGAAAAUACAAUUAGAUAAAAAAUUAAUGAUUUCUUAUACAAAACAAGAGAAUCCUUUAAAGAUUUUUAAGCAGACGUUUCAAAUUAUAAAAAUCUCAAAUAGCAUCAUCGAUUAUAUAAAUAGAGAACUGCCACAUAUUUCUAAUAAUGA